AUGAACCUCGCGCCACCUCGCCCUGCGCUCAGCGGGAACAGGCACUGGUCUGGCCUCUCUAUCCUCUCGAAACGGUCAUUUCACUCCUUUGCGACAUCGUCGUUUCACGCAGACGACGAGAGAUCAUCCUCUGACGAAGACGACGACGACGACGACAUGGAGUCGCGCAGCAGCGACGACGGCAGGGCGCCCAGAGCGUUCUACGCUGGCUACGAUGGACGGCCGACAAGUCGCAAAGAGUUGAUGGGAUGGUAUAUGUAUGCUUUUGCAGCGGAAACAUAUGUCAUUUGCGGGAUUGGCGCCUUCAUCCCCAUCCUCCUCGAGAGCCUCGCCCGAGAGAAUGGCGUCUUACUGGAUCACCCCGACCAACCGUGCGGCACCUCCGACAGCAAGAACAAGGAUACUGACGGGCAAUGCGUCGUGUACGUACUGGGCAUCCCCAUCAACACGGCCAGCUUCGCCAUGUACACCUUCUCUGUCAGUGUGCUUGUCCAAGCGCUCCUCGUCGUCAGCAUCAGCUGCGCGGCUGACCAUGGCAACUACCGCAAGAAGCUGCUGCUUGCGUUUGCCUGGCUCGGGAGCUCGGCAGUCAUGGCGUACAUAUUCAUCACCAAGGAGACAUACAUACUCGGCGCCCUGUUGACGAUUAUAUCGAAUACGUCCUUUGGCGCUUCGUUUGUUCUGCUCAACAGCUUCUUGCCAUUGUUGGUGAGGAAUCAUCCAGACGUCAUCGAAGCCAACAAGUCCAUCACGCUAGCCCCUGCGACAGGCGACUUGGAGUCGAGGCCACUGAACGAUUCAACAGGCGACGACCUGAGUUCGGAAUCGCCCUUGCUUGAUGACGGGGAGAUGCUUCGCCCAUCCGAGUCAAAAUUGAGUGGGAAAGCAUCACCAAAGGAGAUCCUGUCGAAGGAGCUGGAGCUCUCGACGGAAAUGUCCUCCAAAGGCAUUGGUGUAGGCUACAGUGCAGCCCUGUUUCUGUUAUGCGUCUCGAUCGCCAUACUCCUCUUCUUGAAUAACACGACCUGGGCGCAGCGGGUUGUCCUGUUCAUCGUUGGUCUCUGGUGGGCUAUUUUUACCAUCCCGGCCGCCCUGUGGCUUCGGCCCCGUCCAGGCCCCCCGUUGACCGCGGGCAGCAAGGGGCGUCUGGCUGGUUUCUCCUAUCUUGUCUACGCGUGGAAGAGUCUCUUCCGUACGGCUUUGCUCGCGAGACAGCUGAAGGACAUCUUGUUCUUCUUGGCGGGUUGGUUCUUACUAUCCGAUGCGAUUGCGACGACCUCGGGCACGGCCAUCCUCUUCGCCAAGACGACCUUGCACAUGAAACCUUGGGCUUUGGGCAUGAUUAACGUCAUCACCACCUGCUGCGGCAUCUUUGGUGCCCUGGGGUGGUCGUGGGUAUCACGACUGCUCCGCCUGCAGCCCCAUCAGACGAUCCUCGUCUGCAUCGCCUUGUUUGAGCUGAUCCCAAUCUAUGGUCUCAUCGGGUAUCUUCCAUUCGUUCAAUCUUGGGGUGUUUUUGGACUCCAGCAGCCCUGGGAGAUGUACCCCCUGGCAGCUGUGUAUGGGCUGGUACUGGGUGGCCUGGGUGCGUACUGUCGUUCGCUCUACGGCGAACUCAUCCCUCCUGGUUCGGAGGCUGCCUUCUACGCUCUCUACGCCAUUACCGACAAAGGCUCGAGUAUAUUUGGACCGUCGAUUGUCGGUGUCAUCAUCGACAAGACUGGGGGAAUACGCCCCGCGUUCUGGUUCCUUGCCGCGUUAGUCGGACUACCAGCACCAUUGAUCUACAUGAUUGAUGUUGAGAGGGGCAAAAAGGAGGGCGCCAAGCUGGCGAAGCAGAUCGUUGGCGCUGAUAUUGAGGAGCGUGAGGAUGCCAACGCGCACGAAGAGGAGGCUCAUACCCUGUUGGCGAACCAAGAGAUGGAGUAG